AAGCGCGAAAGGGUUAACGACAUACCGGAAGUGGGACACCAGUUGACUAUUUCGGAAAACUACAGGCGUCUUUAAAGUUAUUCGUCGGACACGACAAGAUGGGAACAACGGCGAGUCAACUUGGGAAAGAUUUGCUCUCAGAAUACCAAGAGCUGACAUUUUUAUCAAAACAAGAAAUUCUUCUGGCGCAUAAACGCUUCACUGAGCUGCUCAAGAAAGAAGAGCAAGAUGUUCCAAACGCUAGGGUGCCCAUGGAGAAGAUUCUCACCCUUCCAGAACUAAAGUCCAACCCUUUCGGAACGAGAAUCUGCCAUGUCUUCUCCACAUCAGAACUGAAAGAUGGGAGCCUUACCUUUGAGGAUUUUUUAGAUCUUUUGAGUGCCUUUAGCGACUCUGCUACACUGGAAAUUAAGUCUCAUUACGCAUUCCGUAUAUUUGAUUUUGAUGAUGACGGAACUCUUGAUUGUGGGGAUCUGGAGAAACUGAUUAACUGCUUGACGGGAGAGACGGAUGACACAAGAUUAACCUCGGAGGAGAUGAGGCAGCUCAUCACCAAUAUUCUUGACGAGUCCGACAUCGACAAGGAUGGAACUGUGAACCUUUCAGAGUUUCAGCAUGUUAUUUCCAGGUCCCCGGAUUUUGUCAGUUCCUUCAAAAUUGUGCUGUGAAGACCUUCAGUCGACAACUGAAAAUGAUCAUCCACUUAUUCCAUUGUUUAAUUAGUCAUAUAAACCUGAUGUUUGCCUUAAAUUAUAUAUGUAUUUUAUUGACUUAUCUGCUGUUAAAUGUUAAUCAACAGGUCAGUGAUUUUUGAAAAAACUGUUCUUUAUAUUUCCAUAAAAAAGUUGAACAAAAUACACAAUUUUCCCAGUUUUUUGUACCAAGUAAAUUACAAAAUGCUGAGUUUGACUCUUAAAAGAUUUGAACAAUGAGCUCAAAAAGCAAAGUCCAUGUUUAUUAACUGUAUCAGUCAUCCACUUCCUCCUUGACGACAGCAGCAAAAGUGUUCCACCCUCCGCACGUCACGUCAACAACACGCAUCUGUUUGUCCCUGAAGUAGUCCACACGCCGCGGCUCAUCUGAACAGGACGUCUCAUAUCCGAGCUGACCGUAUUCGCCUAAGAAAAACAAGAAAGUUGUGCUUUGUUAAGUUAAAGUACAUUUUUCUGUCACUUUGUUCAGAGUCAAUGUCAAACUCACCCCAGCCCCAUGUGUAGAGGUCACCAGUGGCUAAAAAAAAAUGAGGAAAAAAACA